AUGGCUCAAAUUAAGACGAGUCGUCUAACCUUAAAUACCCCUGCUGCUGCUCCCGCCCUCAACAGCAGCAGCAGCAGCAGCAGCAACAGCAACAGCAACAGCAGCAGCCACUACAGCAGCAGCAGCAGCAGCAGCAGGCCACCAUUCAGCAGAGAACUAUUGGGGGAACCAAGAAAAAUAUUCAACAUCAACGACUACUAUGAACUCGGACGUAAACUCGGAUCUGGCUACACUGCAAGUGUUUAUGAGGCUCGCUGCCGAAGGACCGGCCGUUUAUUGGCGAUUAAAAAUAUCAGCAAAGCAAGACAAAGGUUAAUAACAUCUGAAUAUAAUUACCGUGUCGUCUAUUCAGUGUUAUCAUCAUUACCAACACAUAAACAUCUUCUUCUUCCUCCUAUUGAUCUAUUAGAGACUAAUACACACUUUUAUAUUGUGAUGGAAUUAUGUAAAGGAAAAGAUUUAGUUGAUUUUGUUUUGCGAUUUCCUGCUGGAGGAAUUUCUGUUUCUUCUUGUCGUCGUUUAUUGCAACAAUUACUUCUUGCUGUUAAUUAUCUACAUUCUUAUGAUAUAUUACAUAGAGAUAUAAAAUUGGAUAAUAUUGUAUUUAGGGAAGAAACAACAAAUGAUGAACAAAAAGGAGAUGUUGUGCUGCUGGACUUUGAUAUGUGUCUGCUGCUGCAGCAGCAGCAGCAGCAGCAGCAACAGCAGCAGCAGCAGCAACAGCAACAGCAGCAGCAGCAGCAGCAGCACCAAAAUGGAAAACAGCAACAACGGACACAAGAUGCUCCAGAGGUUGCUGUUGUUGGUACAAGAGAAUACAUGGCACCUGAAUGUUUUUCUGGUAUAUACAGCCGAGCAUCAGACAUUUGGAGUGUUGGUGUUGUUUUAUUUGUUUUAUUAGAUGGACAUUUUCCCUUUGAUGUUAAUGAUCUUGCUGCUCCUGCUGCUCCUGCUGCUGCUCCUGCUGCUGCUCCUGCUGCUGCAGCAGGAGAUGCGGCAGCAGCAGCGGCAGCAACAGCAGCAAGUGCAAGUGCAGCAGUAGCAACAGAUACUAAUAAAGUAGCAGCUGGAAGUGCAGCAACAGCUACUGCAGCAGCAGCAGCAACAGCAGCAGCAGCAGCAGCAGAUCGUUCUUCUUCUAUCCUCUCUCCCCGUUACCAAAACAAUAACAACAAUCAUCAUCAGCAACAGCAGCAGCAACUGCAGCAGCAGCAGCAGCAGCAGCAGCAAUUAAGCAGCAGCAGAUCUAUACGUCGUAUAUUAAGAAGAGGUGUUUGUUUCUUCUCUGGUCUAAGACAAAGAGAUCCUCUUGCUGUUCAUCUUAUUGAAUCUAUGCUCGCCUUUGAUCCUAAGGCACGCAUGCAAACAGGUUAG